UCCCACCUCCAGCUGAAGAGCAUGGGCUUGGGCGACCCCCGCUCCUUCCCCUUCCUGGACCCCCCCUCAUCCUCCAGCCUGGACUCAGCCCUGCGUUACCUCCGCGCUCAGGGCGCUUUGGACGACGCCGAAAAUCUGACGCCCAUCGGCGCGCUGCUGGCGCAGCUCCCCGUCGAUGUGGUCCUGGGUAAGAUGUUGGUGCUGGGGUCCCUUUUUGAUCUGGCUGAGCCGACGCUGACGGUGGCGGCGAUGCUCAGCGUCCCGUCGCCGUUCCUCCGCCUCUCGGAUGCCGAACGCGCCGCGGCACGGCGGGCGCUGGAGAGCCCCCACGGGGACCCCCUGACUCUGCUCAACGCCUUCAACGAGUGGCUGAAGGUGAGGGGGGUGGUGAAACCAGGGGGAAAAGGGCGUUUUUGGGGGAGGGGGGGACAAAAAAAAAACAAAACGAAACGCUGCAACCGCGGCAGUUUGGUGGCGGAGAAAUGCGCAAAUGGCACCGUUUUGUGCACGCCGAAAGCGACUGCCCCAGAGGAAUCCGGCCCCAAAACAACCCCAACAGAACCCACCCCAAAGGACCCCACCUCCAAAGGACCCCUCUAAAGGACCCCACCCCGAUUUGGGGUCUUUAAGGCAUAAAAACAGCCUAAUUUUGCGUCGUGGAAACACCCAAACGUCCCCAAUUUGGUGACAUUGAAAGCGUCUGCCCCAAAGGAAUCCAGCCCCAAAAAUGGCCCCGAGAAAAGCUACCCCAAAGGACCCCACCCCCAAAAGACCCCUCUAAAGGACCCCACCCCAAUUUGGGGUCUUUAAGGUAUAAAAACAGCCUAAUUUUGCGUCGUGGAAACACCCAAAUGUCCCCAGAUUCGUGUCCUUGGAAGCGUCUGCCCCAAAGGAAUCCAACCCCAAAACAACCCCGACAGAACCCACCCCAAAGGGCCCCACCCCCUAAGGACCCCUCUAAAGGACCCCACCCCGAUUUGGGGUCUUUAAGGCAUAAAAGCACCCAAAUUUUGCGUCGUGGAAACAC